AUCCAAAUGGGAGGCAAUGCGAGACCCACGAUGAAUGAAAUGAGAGUGUCAAUGCUAAAAACUCCCUUAACCCAAUUUGAAUAUUUGAUGAAUCAAUAGGGCAAGCUUCGAACUUUUCAAAUUUCACUACAGAAGUUUGAGUCAUUGAUGCUUGUGUGUGCUUGUUCUUCACACCAACCAUGGUCCUCAACCAUACCUACACUCACCAUGUUCCCAAAAUGCACUACCAUGGAUCACGUGAAUCAAAUCCAUGCACGCAUGGUAACAACUGGGUUCAUAAAAAACACUUCCCUCACCACCAAACUCGUUCUCACUUUCAUUUCUUCACCUCAUGACCCUCUUGUUGAGUUUGCUCGCUAUGUCUUCUUCAAGCACCAUGCUUUUCGUGUUCCCCAUUGGCAAGAUGACCCUUUUCUUUGGAAUGCUGUGAUCAGGUCUUAUUCUCAUGGUUGUGACCCAAAAGGGGCUCUGGUUUUGUUCAUCUUGAUGCUUGAAAAUGGGGUAUGUUUGGAUAAGUACUCGUUUUCCUUGGUUUUGAAGGCUUGUUCUAAAGUGGGUUUGAUGAAAGAGGGAAUGCAGGUUCAUGGAUUGUUGUGUAAGACAAAUUUUGGGUCUGAUGUAUUUUUGCAGAAUUGCUUGAUUGGAUUGUUUGCGAGAUGUGGCUGUGUUGAGCUUGCACAGCAACUGUUUGAUAGAAUGCCUGACCAUGAUGCUGUUUCUUAUAACUCAAUGAUUGAUGGGUAUGUGAAAUUUGGGAUGGUUGAAAGAGCACGCAAGUUGUUUGAUGGUAUAAGACCGGAGGAGAGGAAUUUGAUUACUUGGAAUUCAAUGAUUGGAGGGUAUGUGAGGUCUGAAGAGGGGCUGAAGUGUGCUUGGAGUUUGUUUGUUACGAUGCCUGAGAGAGACUCGGUGUCUUGGAACACAAUGAUUGAUGGUUGUGCUAAGCAUGGGAAGAUGGAGGAUGCUAGAGCAUUGUUUGUAGAGAUGCCGGAAAGGGAUUUGGUUAGUUGGGUUACUAUGAUAGAUGGUUAUGCAAAAUCAGGUGAUGUUUGUGCUGCAAGGCACUUGUUCGAUGAAAUGCCCAGGAGGGAUGUUAUUUCAUGUAAUUCAAUGAUGGCUGGCUAUGUUCAGAAUGGUUACUGCAUUGAGGCUUUGAAACUAUUUCAUGAUAUGAGAAGGGCAACAAAUAUGUCACCUGAUGAUACUACAUUGUUGAUUGUUGUUACAGCAAUUGCUCAAUUAGGACAUGUUGAAGAUGGAGUUGUGAUACACCGAUACUUAAUGGACAAGGGGUACUCUCUGAGUGGUAAACUUGGCGUUGCUCUUAUUGAUAUGUAUUCAAAAUGUGGUAGCAUUGAGAAUGCUAUCUCAGUGUUUGAGAAUAUUGAAGCAAAACAUGUUGAUCAUUGGAAUGCUGUGAUUGGGGGGUUAGCUAUUCAUGGAAUGGGUGAAAUGGCUUUCGAGUUUCUCACAGAGAUGGAAAGGCAUUCUAUUGUUCCUGAUGAUAUCACGUUCAUUGGAGUGUUGAGUGCUUGUAGGCAUGCCGGCAUGUUGAAGGAGGGACUGAUAUGUUUCGAGCUCAUGCAAAAGGUAUACAAGUUGGAACCGAAAGUGCAACACUAUGGAUGCAUGGUGGAUAUGCUUGGCCGAGCAGGACACGUUGAAGAAGCCAAGACACUCAUUGAGGAGAUGCCUAUUGAACCCAACGACGUGAUUUGGAAGACUUUGCUUAGUGCUUGCCAAAUUUAUGAAAACUACUCGAUAGGAGAGCCUGUAGCUCAACAAUUGACACAGCUAAAUUCGUGCAGUCCAAGUUUCUAUGUGCUACUGUCUAAUAUUUAUGCCAGUUUGGGCAUGUGGGACAGUGUUAAAAGGGUUAGGACAGAAAUGAAAGAAAAGCAGUUAAAGAAAAUUCCAGGUUGUAGUUGGAUUGAACUGGGGGGGAUUGUUCACCAGUUCUCUGUUCAAGAUAGGACACACCCUCAUGUUUCUGAGAUUUAUUCUCUGUUAAGUAGCUUGUAAAUUCCUAUUCUCUGUGCAUAGUGUAUGACAAGUGGAUAUGUUUCUAGAUCAGCCUAACUAUGUAGAUAAGUGGUCUGUGUAACAAUUUGUUGGUUUCAAAAUAGAAUCGAGGACUAACAUAGUUUUAUACGUAAUUUGUCUUCAUUUUUUUACCCACGUUGACAAAUUUAGCAUGUUCAUAUAGUUAGUCUCUUAUCUAUAUGCAAAAUAUAAUGAAAUGUGAAUCUUGU